AUGAAUGAGCCACUAGACAAUUUUGCAAAUGCUUCUGACUUCUCCGAUUAUGCAGCACCGUUCGGAAAUUGCACUGACGAAAAAAUCCCACUCAAGAGGCACUACCUCCCUGUUAUUUAUAGCAUCAUCUUCCUGGUGGGCUUUCCAGGGAAUGCAGUAGCAAUUUCCACUUACAUUUUCAAAAUGCGGCCCUGGAAAGGCAGCACGGUCAUUAUGCUUAACCUGGCCUGCACAGACCUGCUGUAUCUGACCAGCUUCCCUUUCCUGAUUCACUACUAUGCCAGCGGUGAAAACUGGGUCUUUGGGGAUUUCAUGUGCAAGUUUAUCCGCUUCGGCUUCCAUUUCAACCUGUACAGCAGCAUCCUCUUCCUAACCUGCUUUAGCAUCUUCCGGUACUUUGUGAUCAUUCACCCAAUGAGCUGCUUUUCCAUUCACAAAACUCGAUGGGCCGUGGUGGCCUGUGCUGUGGUGUGGAUCAUUUCACUGGUGGCCGUCAUUCCCAUGACCUUCCUGAUCACAUCCACCACCGGGACCAACAGAUCUGCCUGCCUUGACCUCACUAGUUCGGAUGACCUCACCACCAUCAAAUGGUACAAUCUAAUUUUGACAGCAACUACUUUCUGCCUUCCCCUGGUGAUAGUGACACUUUGCUAUACGAUGAUCAUCUACACCCUAACCCAAGGACCUCACAAUCACAGCUGCCUUAAGCAGAAAGCUAGAAGGCUGACCAUUCUGCUCCUCCUCGUGUUUUAUAUAUGCUUUUUACCCUUCCACAUCUUGAGGGUCAUCCGGAUCGAAUCUCGCCUGCUUUCAAUCAGCUGCUCCGUUGAGAAUCAGAUCCACGAAGCUUACAUUGUUUCUAGACCCUUGGCUGCCCUGAACACCUUUGGUAACCUGCUACUGUACGUGGUGGUCAGUGACAAUUUUCAGCAGGCCAUCUGCUCGAUGGUGAGAUGUAAAGCAAGUGGGGAUCUAGAGCAAGCAAAAAAAAGCAGUUACUCAAACAACCCUUGACAUACUUCAGCUAGUUAACCAUGAAGAAGGCCUGCUGAGACUUUAACUUCUAAGAAGUCCAGAAUAACUCUCUCAGUGACUCUCAGUAAAUAUUGUAUGUCCAGUUAACUAUGUGCCAAAGCUAGGACUGGGCUACCAGGAGUUCUUGGCAACCUGUUUAUUGAGAUCUUCCCUAGAGUCAAUGUAAGAAUGGGACAUGCGCUUAUCAGUAGAAGAUUCACAUGUAGAAUCAAAACUACUGGAACUCAGGGACAUCUUGAAAAACAUCUAGUCUCACCAACUUACUAUAUAGAAAUAAAACUACUGGGAUCCCUGGGUGGCGCAGCGGUUUGGCGCCUGCCUUUGGCCCAGGGUGCGAUCCUGGAGACCCAGGA